UUCCGGUCCUUUUUCCGGGCGGAAGUGGGCGUGGCGCUGAGGGGAAAACAGCCCUCCUUUCCGGUGUAGGGGCACAGUUGAAGAAGCGACGGAGGGUCGAGGAGUCGUUCGUGAGGAUGACCCGGCACGGCAAGAACUGCACGGCAGGGGCCGUCUAUACCUACCACGAGAAGAAGAAGGACACAGCGGCCUCAGGCUAUGGGACCCAGAACAUUCGACUGAGCCGGGAUGCUGUCAAGGACUUUGACUGCUGCUGCCUCUCUCUGCAGCCCUGCCACGACCCUGUCGUCACCCCGGAUGGUUACCUGUACGAGCGUGAGGCGAUCCUGGAGUACAUUUUGCACCAGAAGAAGGAGAUCGCCCGGCAGAUGAAGGCCUACGAGAAGCAGCGGGAUGCCCGGCGUGAGGAACAGAAAGAGCUGCAGCGGGCGGCGGCACAGGACCAGGUGCGGGGCUUCCUGGAGAAGGAGGCAGCCAUCGUGAGCCGGCCCCUCAACCCCUUCACGCCCAAGGCCGCCCCUGAGACCCGUCCAGAUGACGCCCGCCCCGGGGCCAGUGUGGGCCCCACGGGCAAGGACAAGGACAAAGCACUGCCCAGCUUCUGGAUCCCGUCGCUGACCCCCGAGGCCAAGGCCACCAAGCUGGAGAAGCCUUCGCGCACCGUGACCUGCCCCAUGUCUGGGAAGCCGCUGCGCAUGUCUGACCUGACACCCGUGCGCUUCACGCCGCUGGACAGCUCCGUGGACCGCGUGGGGCUCAUCACACGCAGCGAGCGCUACGUGUGCGCUGUGACCCGCGACAGCCUGAGCAACGCCACGCCUUGCGCUGUGCUGAGGCCCUCUGGGGCUGUGGUCACCCUGGAGUGCGUGCAGAAGUUGAUUCGGAAAGACAUGGUAGACCCCGUGAACGGGGAGAAGCUGACCGACCGGGACAUCAUCGUGCUGCAGCGGGGCGGCACCGGCUUCGCGGGCUCCGGAGUGAAGCUGCAGGCUGAGAAGUCCAGGCCGGUGAUGCAGGCCUGAGUGCACAGGAGACCAAAUAAACAGGCUUGGACUCA